AUACCACACCACAGACACCGCCGAGCAAUAUCGAGAACGAUCAUCUGCCGAUCAGUCUUGAAAUCACAGCAACACCCCAAUCUACACAACCUCACUCUACCUCGCCAACAACCAUCCUUAAAGCUUAGCGAAAAUGGGAUCCUGCAUGUCAGCAAUGUCCGGUGGAAAGGGCGGCAAGGAGAUGAAGCGCACCGACACGAACCGCUCGGGCAAGGGUGCCAACAACGAGCUGCAGCGCACCACGUCCUCGUACCACGGCUCCGUGGCCGAUGGCAUCCGCUACUCGGACCGUCUCGCCGACCGUGAGGGCGAGCGCGACAGGCUCACGGCCUCGCAGCUUCACAAGUCCAAGACACUUGAGGAGCGUCUCAAGCAGGCUGAGAAGGAGAAUGCUACCCGCAGAGCUUAGGUGAAGGGAUGGACAUAGGAGUAGGAGGUCACGGAAGCGAGCAUAGAUACGAGGUAGUUCGAUGAGCAAUGCGAAGUUCACUAUCAGCUCCUCGGAGCGAGUCGCCUCCUACUUUCAGCCCGCUCAACCUCCCGGGACCCCUCUCACACCACGACGGCCCCACUCUUCACCACCUUUCACCUCGUCCGAUCAAGUCUGCAGCGAAUGACCACGUAGGGCAGGACAUCCAAUCAAUUGCUUCGACCCUCUCAAACCCACCUUUCCUUUCAAUGGCUCCCUCAUCGACCUGCACAGGUCCAUCAGCAUGCCCCUCUGUUCUUUUCUUCGUAUCUUGUUUCAUCCUAG